AUGCGCAUGACGCCAGAACGCUUUGAGCACUUACUGAGCCUGGUUGGACCGCGAAUUACCAAAACAAACACAAGGAUGAGAGAGGCUAUCAGUGCAGCUGAAAGACUAAUACUGACGCUCCGGUAUUUGGCAAGUGGUGAUGACCAACAGAGCCUCAGCUUCUCAUAUAGAAUUCGCAGAACAACUGUGAGUCACAUUAUCAAAGAAACACUCUAUGCUAUUUGGCUGGCAUUGAAGGAUAAAUAUGUAGGCCCACCUAAAUCCGCCAGCGACUUGAAGAACAUUUCAAAGGACUUUGAAUCUACUUGAAUCUACUUGGCAUCUGCCGCACUGUAUCGGGGCGAUUGAUGGGAAUGUGUGCGAUGCAAGUUGUAACUUUACUUUAGUUGAUAUUGGCCAAUACGGUAGUACAAAUGACAGCAGUGGCUUAAUAACUCUGAAAUGGGAAAAGCCUUUGAGGAUGGGUCCAUAUCAAUACCCGAGCCAGACCGUCUUCUAGGAUGCAGCCUACCUCUUGUUCCUAUUUCUUGGCGAUGAAAUCUUUGCACUUAACCCUGGCUGUUGCGUCCCUAUCCAGGGAAGAAUAUUAAAGAGGACCUAGGUAUAUUCAAUUAUCGUUUGUCUUGAGCAAGGAGAGUAAGGCGCAGUUCAAACGUCAAACUUUACAUGUGCCGAACCUAAUACCAGUUUGGGUCGACCCAAAUAAUUGUGUUCGGCAGUUGAUUCAAACGUCGAACCUAAUUGGCUCGAACUUAAUUGCAAAAGUGAACAUGACACUUUUGUAGUCAGCGGUUAUUGGCUUAAAAUGGGGGAAAAAUUGCGGGAAAGGCAAAUUGCGGAAAUGAGGAGCUUCGUUUUUCUUGCAUGUGCGAUCAAGGAGGGUAGAAGAAGGCGACUUCAGAUGCAGUUAGUGUUAAGCAGCCUCGUUGCCAGGAGAAAGCGAUUUUUGAAUUUGGGUUGCCUUCUAUUAUUGCUGAUUUCCGAAAGGAACAUCCCAGUUCCUCGUCAAGUUCGUUCUUGUCGUCGGCUGAAAAGAAAUACUGGCUGAUGGGAGAAUGUUCGCAAUACGUAUUCAGAUGCAAGGUUCAAGAAAACCUUCAGAGUGUCCCAGGAAACAUUUAAUUUCAUUCUGAACCGUAUUGCACCCUUACUUGUUCGGCAAACUGUGACGGAAGAACCGAUAACGCCAGCACUGAGGCUUGCUAAUUGUCUGUACAGACUAGGCAGAGGAGAUUAUCUCUGUACCAUUUCAGAAAUGUCUGGACUAGGCGUCUCCACUGUCUCCUCAAUCUGUCAGGAAAUCUGUUAAGUCCUGGUGGACCAUUUCUGAAAUGAGACUGUGUCAACUCACAUGCCUCAGACGGAAGAGGAGUUCAAACAAAAAAUUCUGGACAUGGAAGAAUUUUUCAAAUUUCCUUGCUGCUGGACAGCAAUAGAUGGUUGUCAUAUUCCCAUGAAAUGCCCACCUGGAGGACUUCAGGCAUGCAAAGAGUACCAUAAUUUUAAGAAUUUCUACUCUAUUGUCCUAAUGGCAAUGGUAGAUUCACAUUACAGAUUUGUGUGA